UACUAGUACAUUGGUAGUGUAUGUUUGUAUUAUUAGACGACCCAUACUGGCCAUAGUUGUAAUGGCGAACAGCGCAGCUUUCGUGCUGUCUAUGCUCGCAGUGCAGUCAUUCGUUUCCAAUCACUUCGUCCUAUCACAGUUCCCUGUUGAAUGUCUAGACGACACCAGCCUCGCCAACAGAAAGUGCUGUCCAACCGUUAGCAUAGGAGGUGCUAAUCACGACUGCGGCGGACCCGGCCGUGGAUCCUGCAAGAGCAUUCCGGACUCACAUUGCCACACAGAAACCUCCUCUGACCCCGAGGAUAUUAUCCUGGCCUAUCUAAAGAAUACGACAUACGAACCGUCUCGCUACCCCUGGCCUAACCGAGUGUUCACGCAAGUAUGUGAGUGCGAAGGAAAUUGGGCAGGCUAUAACUGUGACGAAUGUAAGUUUGGGUACGUGAGAACGCCAAUGGGACAGGGCGGUGUUGCGCAAUGUGUGAAACGCCAGACACCCCUAGUGCGGAGAAACUUUCUCACCCUGAGUCCUUCAGAGCGCGAUCAGGUGCAGAAAGUCGUUGCUGCCUCUCGAAAUAGAACGGGGGCUGGUAAGAGUCGCUUUGGCGUGCUAGUGGAUGAAAGUCACUUUCCUCGCACCCCAGGCACCAGUAGUCCAUCACAACUCACCAGCGCUGAUUUCAAGACGGAUAUCUCUACAUACGAGUUCAUGGCAUGGAUACACUACUUCGCGGCCAAGGACAGCAGCAGGCCCCCACCAGCAGGCUGGCCAAACGUUACCGUUGACUUUGCCCAUGAAGCCCCCACUUUCCUUGUGUGGCAUCGGUUGUACAUGCUGCUGUUCGAGACUGAGUUACAGAUGGUGUCUGGAAACUCAUCAUUUGCCCUUCCUUACUGGGACUGGUUGGACAAUAGUACCCGAUCCACCUUGCUCACAGAGAACAAGUUUGGCAAUACAUCAGCCCCGACCGGAGUACUGGCAGAUUUCACCAUUACCUGCCGAUCCGCUGCAUUCUCGCCUGACAGGCCACGACGCGGAAGUUUGUGCACACGCGCAGAGUUUGAUUCCACAGUAAAGGUAUCCAGGGACUUUGGCCAGUUUCAUGACGAGACACAAUUCCUUCCCAGCAAUCGAGAUAUCUGGGACGCACUGCACACCACAGACAGAUACGAUAUGGAACACUAUAAUGCAAGUGCGACUGGAUACAACAGCUAUCGCGAGGCUUUGGAGGGUUUCACUCCAUUCCCAGGAAAGACGUACUGCCAAAAGCCAGACAGGGACACUGUUCACGAAAUUCACAACGCCGUACACAUCUAUACCGGUGGAACAAUGGCCAACGUAGCAGCUUCAACAAACGACCCAAUCUUUUGGCUUCAUCACUGUAUGGUGGACAGAGUGUUUGAGAUCUUCAUCAAGAGGAACGGUGAGACAUACACACCGACAGUGGGUGCACCACCAGGUCACAAUGCUGAUGACUGUAUGGUGCCGUUCUAUCCCCUGCAUCGUAACAAGGACUACUUGAAACUGUCAACGGAGUUCGGCUACCAGUAUGACAGUCUGCCCGAAUACACACAAGAACCUGUCCGACAUGAUCGCAGCCAAUGCGCAGCCAAUCUGCCCACAGAGGAACCUAGACCGAUCGCCACUCAACCGACUGCACCCGCACCUGGUCCUGUCAGUGACACCACGCAGGUCCCCGUCCAGACACCGUCAUCGGCCCACAGAGCCACAUUGGAUGUUUCGUUGGUGGCAUACAGUGUUCUGGUCGCCAUGUACAGUUCCACUGUGGUCCUAGCCUGCUUCUAAGCGCUAAGUGUGUGCAAGAGAAAAUGUUUCGAGGAAGAAGACACGGCUAUGUAGUGAGUGAAGACCUACUGAUGUCUGAUUGGAAAACUGCGCAACUGUAGUACAGUAGGAGGAUCUGCUGCUUUGCUUUCUGCUGGCAGCACAACCCUCAAGUAUGACUGAAACACACCCAACCGGGCAUACUCAGUCCAACCCACCAAUGUAGCUAGUAACGUUAUCUUGAAACCCUCUUGCUCCUGCUUUUCCACACUUCGCCUUGUUGCUGUUUUUGAAAGCUCAGAGUCAUAGCCAGAUAAUAUUUUUAGUUUUUUCUGCCAUUUCUGUCACGAUAAUAUGUGUUUAGGCUACUUAGUGCAUGCACAAUACGCAUCCAGUAUGUCACCAGUGCCAAUGCAAUCAUGUAGCUACGCAUACUCAUAGGUCAAAUUUAGAAAUCUUCUGUGGACAUUAUCUGGUAACAUUGGAAUCUCGUCUUUGGCCAAUUUUUCUUACAACUUCUGCAUCACACAAUGGUACUCAUGAACCGAGCAGUAACGUUUGACACUUGAAAUGUAUGCAUCCAGUAUGCCAGCAUGACCCCACGACUAUGUGUUGAUAAUUAAUUGACUGGCAAAACAGGUACAUGUACUUGUUUUUCCUAUAUUCCUUGUCACUUAACUACUUGUGAUCCUAUAUUUUAUGAAUUUAAAACAUUCAAUCCGAGGACAGAACUGUUUCGUCCUUUUUGGACUCGUGAAUUUAAAACAUAAUAUCCAUGAAUGUAGCAAAUGGGAAAAAAAGUUAAUCAGCA